AUGCAAAUUAGUUAUCCAAUAUAUUUACAAUAUGGGAAUGAACCACUUUGGGCAUCUGUAGAUUUUUCUUUUGAAAAAAGAUUUGUAAAUGAACAAUUUUAUAAUAUUUUUUUGGAGCUUCUUAUACCUCAAUCAGAAUUGAAUUUUAAUAUAGGGAAUUUUAUGGUAAAUAUUAAGUUAUUUUCUGAAUUAGGAGUGCUUAUGACAUCAUCGAGACCUGCAAUAUUAACAUUUUCUUCUUUGUUAUUGACUAAAUUAAGAACUCUAGUGAUGUUACCAAUGUUACUUUUAGGUUUUUUAAGGGAAGAAGAGCGGUUAGUCAUACCAUUAAUAGAGGGGUUUAAAUAUCACAAAGCACAUGAGACUAUGUUAAAAUCUGUUAAUAUAACAUUUUCCGAUAAUAUUCAAGUUUAUUCUUCAAAAUUAAUUUUUUCUGCUCAAUUGCAAGGAAUAAGAUAUUUGGUUUAUUAUCAUCGAAUAUUUUCAUUUAUUCUUUUUACAACUUUAUUUUGGAUAUUUGAAUGGAUUAUUGUCAUUAUUUUAUAUUUUAUAGGAAGGAAAUUGUUUAAUGUGCCCUUGUCUCAAGGAUCAUCUAAGAAGAGUACCUGUUUUCAUGAGCGGUUUGAGUUUUCUAAAAAGAAUAAUAUUUUGUUAAAAAAAAAUGAUUCUUUGAAGGAUGAAGAAUCAGGUUUGGAGGAUUCUCCUCUUUUACCACUUGAUUUUAGUACUUCUAUGAGUAAGAUAAUGUUGGAUAAACCAAUGGACGAAUCUUGUGAAAGUUUUCUUUUAGAUGAUGGCAAAAAUGGCUUAGAUGAAAAAAUUGGAUAA